CUUCCUCAUAAUAUAGCAGAACCUUUAGAAAAUAUAUAAAGGACGUUUUACAAUCUCAGUUCACACAAAAUGUUUAACUUGGUAGUACUUUUGUUGGCGACAACACCUAUAUUUGUGUCAUCACAGUCAGUGUUGCGUAUUGCGGGCGGCAACAAGGCUUUCAGUGGCUCCAUACCGUAUCAGGUGUCGCUUCGCCUGAAGGGAUUCGGACACGACUGCGGCGGAUCCAUCAUCACACCACGGGCUAUAUUGAGCGCUGCCCAUUGUUUUGAAACAACAAAACCUGACCAGUGGGAAGCUGUUGUCGGUACGAACCAACUCAACGCCGGUGGUCAGACCUACGGCAUCAGGAAGAUAGUGGCCCACGAGAAGUUCGAUAAAACGACUUACAGACAUGAUAUAGCGAUUGUGUUCACCGAUGAGGACAUACAGUUCAGUGACAGAGUGCAGCCUAUUGAGCUAAACGAUGAGCCGGUGCAGGAGGGAGAGGAGUUGCUAGUCUCGGGAUGGGGACAACUUUACGCAGGCGGACCAACACCAAACAACCUCAUGGAGUUGUAUGUGAAUGUGGUCUCAUAUACGGAUUGCAAGAGCGUACUUGCGACUAAAAAACCAAUCUACAAGACCGAAAUCUGCGCACUGGCUGAACCUGGCAGAGGCUCUUGCUCUGGAGAUUCUGGAGGCCCAUUGGCUGAAGUAACUGGGAGAAAACUGGUAGGCAUCGUAUCUUCAGCGAUACCGUGUGGUACAGGAGUACCAGAUCUUUAUACAAAUGUGUAUUCCUACCUACCUUGGAUCAAAAAGACGUUGUUACGUGAGGAAAUGACGAUAAACGCUUUUCUGAAAGUGUUUACUUCAUUAUUCAAACAUUAGUGUGGAGUGGGAAUUAAAAGUUUCUAAUCUG